AUGGGAAGAAGAAAAUUUUUCUUACCAACACAGAAUAAAAGGCAAACUGUUGUUCCUGAUGAUGUCAAGAUGAAUAACUUUGAUGAAAUCAAAAAAGAAUCUUUUGAAUGUCCAAAUUGCGCCAAAAUCAUUUAUCCUCCAUAUCCACCCAAUCUUGGUCAAUUGAUUAAAAGUUUAAAAGAUCAAGAGACUCAACAUGAUAAAGAAAAGCAAGAAGAAUACAAAUCUUAUGUUGCUCAAUGUAAAGAAAAAGGAGAAACACCUCUUCCCUUUUUAACAGAGCCUUUAGAAAUAGACAUAAAUCAAAAAAAGAAUAUUUGUAGAGUUCAUAAGAUUGAGUUAAAAUAUAAACCGAUGGCUAAAGAAAAGGGAUAUCCAGAGCAUAUCGAUUUUAAUUUAAUUGAUAAAAGAAUCAUGUCUUUUCAAGGAGAAUUAAAAUCGAUUAUUGAUAAAAGUCUUCCAAGCUCAUUUUUGGAUAAUGCAUUAAAACGAUUUGAGAAGCUGGGCACUAAGGCAAGGAAUACAGAUGAAGUAUUAAAAACGUUUGAAGCGUAUUUGCCAGGUUACUAUGGUAAUAAGGGAUCUGAUAAAAUGAUGGACACAUUAAACCGUUUAUUCUUACAGACGGAUUAUAUGAAUAACGAAAAGGCAGCACCAUUGACAGUUGUCGAAUUUCUUCAACAGGUGCUUGUGCCUGAAUGUGGUAUAAGAUUGAUCCGAGAAGAUAAACAAAACAAAAUUACUCUAGAAGAAGCAAAAUCAAUUAUGUCUGAAAGUCAAGAAUACGGAAGUACUGUUUAUUUUAGCGUUGAUGUAGAUAAUAAAAAAGAAUGA